AUGCUUUCACGCUCGGGCUUCAACAUCCGCAAGCUUGUCCGCCAGGCGCCUCGGACUAGCCUGGAUUCGGACGAUUCCGGCACAAUCAACGAGGCAAGGUCCCGCCCUUCGCCCAAGGAGGAACAAAGUGAAAAGUUCAAGAGCCGGACCUGGGGGAGGACAAAGAGGCCACCGCCGCCGAUUCUGGUCAUUCACCGCGAAAACGUCCACCUGAUAUCCAGUCCCUUGCCUCCUCUGCCUGAUACCCCACAUUCCACAUCGAGCUCUUUGUACAGCAACGACUAUCGGUCGUCUCCCAAGACACCAGCAAGCAAAGGGAGCCCGACUCUUUGUUCCAUAGUUCCCAAUGGAUCACCGUCGCUGUCUCCUCAACUGUUACACAAUGACGGGAGACACCCACACGUAUUGUCUGCUAAAGACGAUGCCCGGAAGUUCCAUCCCUCAUUGCCAACCAUCAUCACCAUGCCGGACAGCAUCGAAAAGUUGAUUAGAGAAACCAACAAGGCCUUUGAGGACGUGGACACUGCUCUCGAAGACGCGAGCAUGGCCGUACAUUCGCCAUUUAUUCCAGUGCUGCCCCAGAGCAUAAUGGAGGAUAGCCCAGUUCUUUCACCGCCUGGAUUGUCGCCCUCGCGGCCAUCCCCCAAGAACACCAAGUACUUGUCGCCCCUGAAUUCACCCACACGAAGGGCCUCCGUCACUAAAGCAAAUCGGAAGCCGGCCAAAACCGGACGGCAAAAGUCGGUCCAGUCACGACAAAAGCAACAGCGCCAACCCAAGAAAACACCCAAAACCACCGCGAGAUGGGCGCUAGGCGAGAACAUGGGGCGUCUGUUCCACCGCAUCGAGGCCGACGAGAUGGUCACUUCGGAACAGGUGAAGGAGUGGCGGCAAAAGAACCCGCGAGUUGAGGAUGAUCAACCAGCGGAUGAUACAGUUUCGGUGGACUCUCUCCAAAUCUUCGACCUAGAUGUCUGUGAGACCCCCAUCGAGCCUUUCCACCUCGACGAUCUCCCCACGAGGAUUGGCGCGGCUGGGGUACGAGCCUCAAUACCCCCACUCCUAAACGCAUACGACAGCUUCGACUUUGGCCUCGAUGUCAUUCACGAGGAUUUCUCACUGGCGAACGGUUCACAGCGCCCGCAGACACAACCUCCGCGAGCAAAGUCGUUGCCAUCUGCCAUGGCUGAGGACAAUGAGAUGACCUUCCACGAUGUCUCGUUUCCAACACCACCACCAAAGAGCCCCCUUUGGGCCAGUAGCCCCCGUCGCCAACUGCCUCCUCUUCCAACCAUACCUGAAUCUGCGUCUGCCAGCCCGGUCGCUGUGAACCCCAAGCCCUUCAAGCAACUGCGCAAGAAAUCUGUGCGCAGGGGCCCCGAGAUGAAGCAGGCCAAAGUCACCGACGAGUACAUCUACUUUUCUGCCACGCCGUUCACCGUCACAAUGCCUACAUACCGUCACGGUCCCAUCCGCCUGUCCAAGGCAGAUGUACGCCUUCGGAGUCCCGUGCAGCCCUUUGUUGAUGAGAGACUGGAUUGGACUGCUUUCCAGAUGGCCAUCCUUGGUGCUCCUGACGACUUCAUGGGCGACAGUGAUGACGGCGAGGAUGAGAAGCAGGCAAACGACCUGAUGGGUUGGCUUGAGGAUUUCAACCUUGGACAUGGCGGCAAGAUGCUUGUUUCCAAAGAGGAGGAGGACAAGUAUAUGGUCCGUGCCGAGGUCAAACAUGCGGAUACGAAGCCUCGCAGCCGUAGAGCUACCCGCCAGGCUCCUUCCCUCGUCCUGCCGCGACAAUUGGACAUUGCCCUUACCGUUCCGCUCCCACCCAGCCCAAUAACGGCAGAGGACGCCUCCUCCGGAAGCCCCCAGGAGAUGGUUCAGCCAGAGAUGAUUCAGAUCAAGCGUAUCCCAAUCCCUUUGAUUAUUGAGCGACCAUCGGGUGGUGUUCUCGGACGUUGGGUGUUGGACGAACCCGAGGAGUACGAGCAGCAACAAGAGCAACCAAAAGGCCAAACCAAGCAACGCAUGGGCAGCAUCGACAGCAGUGUCGGCAGCAUGCCGCAAAGCCCGAUGCUGGAUCUCGUGGUCAGCCGGGCCGUUACUGGCGAAGAUUACGUCGUGCCUAUGGGAUACAACCUAGGACACGACCUCGGAGACUUUCUGAAAUGGGAGGCCGAGAACGUGUCUUUUGCUGGCUUUCGUGGCUGA